CUGAUCUUCUCUGUAGAAGACCCACUAUGAUUUAGAGAUAGAACCUAUUAUUCAUAGGCCCAAUCCGGUCAUCUGAGAAGAAGUAGAUUUGUUAAGGGAAGACAUGUUGGGAUCUUUGGAAGAGAAACUCAGUAGAUAUUUCUAAAUGUUUAUUAUGGAUAAGCCACCGUAGAAUAGUGAAGAAGUGCUCCAUGACACAAUGGACCCUUUCAUAGUGGUGUUCAUGAUUUUAUUACAGGUCUUAUUCUCCUGAGCUCUCAUCUCUGAAACAGGUCUUGUAGAAGAGUAAAUGGGACACAGUAACAAUGUAACAGAAUUUGUCCUCCUGGGACUCACUCAGGAUCCUGAGGGCCAAAAAGCAUUAUUUGUCGUGGUUUUGCUCAUCUACAUUGUGACAGUGGUGGGUAACCUGCUCAUUUUCAUGACUGUUAUUGUUAGCCCCUCCCUGGACUCCCCCAUGUACUUCUUCUUUGCCUAUCUGUCACUCAUGGAUGCUGUUUAUUCCACUGCCAAUUCCCCUAAAAUAAUUGUAGACUUACUCUAUGAUAAAAAGACAAUUUCCUUCUCAGCUUGCAUGGGCCAGCUCUUUAUAGGACACUUAUUUGGUGGUGCUGAGGUCUUUCUUCUGGUGGUAAUGGCCUAUGACUGCUAUGUGGCCAUCUGUAAGCCACUGCACUACUUGACCAUCAUGAAUCGACAGGUUUGCAUUCUGUUGCUGGUGGUGGCCUGGGUUGGAGUUUUUUUACACUCUGUGGUUCAACUUCUCUUUGUGUACAGCCUCCCAUUCUGUGGCCCCAAUGUCAUGGAUCACUUCAUCUGUGACAUGUACCCAUUAUUGGAACUUGCUUGUACUGACACCUAUUUUAUAGGUCUCACUGUUGUUGCCAAUGGUGGAGCCAUCUGUAUGGUAAUUUUUAUCCUUCUGCUAAUCUCCUAUGGGGUCAUUCUAAGCUCCCUGAAGACUCUCAAUCAGGAAAGGAGGCACAAAGCCCUGUCUACCUGCAGCUCCCACAUCACAGUGGUUGUCCUCUUUUUUGUGCCUUGUAUUUUCUUGUAUGUUAGACCUGUUUCCAACUUUGCCAUUGAUAAAUCUAUGACUGUGGUUUUUACAGUUAUCACUCCCAUGUUGAAUCCUCUGGUUUACACCUUGAGAAAUUCUGAGAUGAAAAAUGCUAUGGAAAAAAUCUGGGGUAGAAAGUUAACCAAAAGUAGAAUAAGAACGUGUCCACACUGA